AAGAGGAGAUGAGAGGUACCUGCAGAACUGAAACUGAUCCUGAAGAUGAAGCAAGAAGCGAAACUGACCCGGAGGACAUCUUUCUCUGUGGAGGACAUUUUAGACCCCGCGAAAUUUACAAGAAGACGUAUUUGUGCAGAGGAGGAAACUUCAACAGAAUCUCCCCCCCACAGAGAUGAAGGCAGAGAUCUCCUCAGCCCUGAGGAAGAGGAGGAAGGUGAUGAAGGUGAGGAGGCUCCAUAUCUGGGGAGGAAGAGGCUCCACAGCCCGAAGAAGAGCCGCAGGAUCCGCACGGCCUUCAGCCUGGAGCAGCUGCACCUCCUGGAGCUCAGCUUCAGACGCAGCCACUACCUGUCGGUGUUCGAGAGACAGAACAUCUCCGCGCUGCUGCAGCUCUCUGAGACCCAGGUGAAGAUCUGGUUCCAGAACAGACGCACCAAGAGGAAGAAGGAGCGGCAGCUGAAGGGUCCGGAGAACGAGGAGGAACACGGGUACAUGAACAGUUUCUCCCCGCUCACCUGUAACCAGAUGUUUUACCCUCAGAUCCACAUGUUCUCCCCGCUCUCUUUCCAUCAGCAGCACUAUUACGCAUGACGGGUACAUUGCGGAGAGAAAGGACUUCCCGUAGAAUAUGGCACUAUUUUCAUGAUUCAUAAGAGCUGUGCCAAACAUGACUGAAUGUAUUAACGUAUUUUUUAUAAUGUAAUUAUGCUAUAACUUAUUUUUUUAAUAAACAUUUUCUAUGAAGUUGUUCUCGUUUGAUCGUUUUUUCUUCAAAUAUUUGGACGUGACACAUAGAAAUAGAAAUAAAUACGUUUCUUUUUACAAAAACA